GGAAAGGGAAGUGAGGUAUAUCCGGUGUAAUGGCAGCGCGGUGGAGCUCUAGGUGACAUUUGCAGACAGAAAGAGUAAACGGUCAAGGAAUUCAGAUUCUUGGAUACUUGCUGUUUGCAGCAACUUAAGAAGCAUUUGAUUCAUUGGUUCAACUGGCAGCAAAAUGAAAAGUAGUGUGGCACAGACAAAAAAUUCUUCUGGUCUUGACAGAAGAGAAAACUAUAGUUCUUAUCAGAGGAACUCCUCUCCAGAAGACAGAUAUGCAGAACAAGAAAGAUCCUCCCACGAUAGAGAUUACUUUGAUUACAGCAGGUCAGACUAUGAGCACUCAAGAAGAGGACGUUCUUACGAUAGUGGCAUGGAAUCACGAAGUAGAGAUCGAGAAAAACGCAGAGAAAGAGAAAGAGAGAUGGACCGGAAAAGGUCCCGGAAAUCCCCGUCUCCUGGGAGAAGAAGUCCAGAACCAUCGGUAACCCAGAGUUCCUCUGCUCAAGAUGAACCUACUACAAAGAAGAAGAAAGAUGAGUUGGAUCCUCUCCUCACUCGUACUGGUGGAGCAUAUAUUCCUCCUGCAAAGCUCAGAAUGAUGCAAGAACAGAUUACGGAUAAAAACAGCUUAGCAUAUCAGAGAAUGAGCUGGGAGGCCUUAAAGAAGUCAAUCAAUGGUCUUAUCAACAAAGUCAACAUCUCUAAUAUAGGUAUUAUUAUUCAAGAGCUUCUUCAAGAAAAUAUAGUUAGAGGAAGAGGACUGCUGUCCAGAUCUGUUCUGCAAGCACAGAGUGCUUCUCCAAUCUUCACCCAUGUUUAUGCAGCACUGGUGGCAAUUAUCAACUCAAAAUUUCCACAAAUUGGAGAAUUAAUCCUCAAGAGGUUAAUUCUUAAUUUUCGAAAAGGCUAUCGAAGAAAUGAUAAGCAACUUUGUUUGACUGCUUCAAAAUUUGUAGCACAUCUUAUUAACCAAAAUGUGGCACAUGAAGUUUUAUGCUUAGAGAUGCUCACUUUGCUCCUGGAAAGACCAACAGAUGAUAGUGUUGAAGUAGCCAUUGGUUUUCUCAAGGAAUGUGGCCUCAAAUUAACAGAAGUGUCACCAAGAGGAAUUAAUGCUAUAUUUGAACGCCUUCGAAACAUUCUCCAUGAGUCUGAAAUUGACAAAAGAGUUCAGUAUAUGAUUGAAGUGAUGUUUGCAGUACGUAAGGAUGGAUUUAAGGACCACCCUGUUAUCCUCGAGGGACUUGACCUAGUGGAAGAAGAUGAUCAGUUCACCCAUAUGCUCCCUCUAGAGGAUGAUUAUAAUCCAGAAGAUGUUCUUAAUGUUUUCAAGAUGGAUCCUAACUUUAUGGAGAAUGAAGAGAAGUACAAAGCCAUUAAGAAGGAAAUUCUUGAUGAAGGAGACAGUGACUCAAACACAGACCAAGAUGCUGGAAGUAGUGAAGAGGAGGAAGAAGAGGAGGAUGAAGAGGGAGAAGAAGGUGAAGAAGGACAAAAAGUAACUAUUCAUGACAAAACAGAAAUUAAUCUGGUCUCAUUUCGUCGCACAAUUUAUCUUGCUAUUCAGUCAAGUUUAGAUUUUGAAGAAUGUGCUCACAAACUGCUGAAAAUGGAGUUUCCUGAGAGUCAAACAAAAGAACUCUGCAACAUGAUACUUGAUUGCUGUGCCCAACAAAGGACAUAUGAGAAAUUUUUUGGCUUAUUAGCAGGGCGUUUUUGCCUGCUAAAAAAAGAAUACAUGGAAUCUUUUGAAAGUAUAUUCAAAGAACAGUAUGACACCAUCCACCGCUUGGAAACAAACAAAUUGAGAAAUGUUGCUAAGAUGUUUGCUCACCUUUUAUACACUGAUUCACUUCCUUGGAGUGUUCUUGAAUGUAUAAAGCUGAGUGAAGAAACCACUACAUCAUCCAGUAGAAUUUUUGUCAAAAUAUUUUUUCAGGAACUGUGUGAAUACAUGGGUCUUCCCAAACUUAAUGCAAGAUUAAAGGAUGAAACAUUACAGCCAUUCUUUGAAGGUUUAUUACCCCGAGAUAAUCCAAGAAAUACUCGAUUUGCCAUCAACUUCUUUACAUCUAUAGGUCUUGGAGGUUUAACGGAUGAAUUGCGUGAGCAUCUCAAAAAUACACCAAAGGUCAUCGUGACCCAGAAACCAGAUGUUGAGCAAAAUAAAUCCUCUCCUUCCUCUUCCUCUUCUGCAUCCUCCUCUUCAGAGUCUGACUCCUCCGAUUCUGAAUCUGACAGCAGUGACAGCAGUUCAGGAUCUUCCAGUGAGGAGAGCGAUUCUUCAGCUACCAGUAGUCAUAGUUCUGCCUCAGCUAAAGAUAUAAGAAAGAAGGCACAAGGGAAAGCCAGAAAUAAAGAAAUAGAUAAAUUGAUCAGGAAACAACAAACAAAUGAUAGGAAACAAGAGGAAAGAAGACCAGGACAAAGGCACCAGGAAACAAGGACUGAGAGAGAAAGAAGGUCAGAAAAACACAGAGAUCAAAAUUCAAGAGAUCCAAAUUGGAGAGAUCCCACAACAAAAUACACUUCAGACAGAAGGGUGCCAUCUGAACGAAAUAGUUACAGUAGGGUUGUGAAUGACAGAGAUGACGAAAUGCACAUAGAUUUCGAAAAUAAGCAUGGUGAUCCCAAAAAGAAGAGAGGAGAGAGAAGAAAUUCUUUUUCUGAAAAUGAAACGCAUAGGCACCAAAAUAAGGACAGUGAAAAUUUUAGAAGAAAAGAGAGAUCAAAGUCAAGGGAAAAAAAUAGAAAACAUUCAGGCUCUAGAAGUGAUGAAGAUAGGUAUCAGAACGGUGCCGAAAGACGAUGGGAAAAAUCUAGCAGGUACUCUGAACAGUCCAGAGAAUCAAAGAAAAAUCAGGAUAGACGAAGAGAAAAGUCUCCAACAAAGCAAAAAUAACCCUACAAAGCUACAUAAACUGAACAUGCCUUACUUUCGGCCAAAAUGAAAUAUUUUUUACACUGAAUGACGAACUUUAUAGAGAAUUCUUGCAUAAGGUACCAGUUUGUAUUUUGUAAUUUUAAAAUGUCUUCAUUUCAACAUGUUUUAUAAUUGAUACAUCUCAAGGCCCUACAUCUCGAGGCCCUCUGCAUAAACUUAUUUGAAGAGAAAAGUUUCACAGAGAGGGAUGUAAGUCUUGCUUAUAUUUUGUGAAUAAAAUAUCAAAUGCUCAUUGAA